UAUCCGCCUGCUGUUCCUUACUAUGAUUACGGCCCAUAUCCUGCUAUACCUGUGCCAAACGUGCCAAACUACCAACCUUCAUAUGAUUACUCUCGGCUCCAAACGGACGAGUUUACUCUGAAGACUAUCGAAAUUACUAUCAGAGCUGUGACGUCUCGUCUGCAGAGCCUUAUGAAGGAGAUCUCGAUUGUACAGUCGGUAUUGGACCAAAAGACGACAGAGAAAUCUAUCCAAAAAGAAGUGCAAUCUCCAAUCGCCCCACCUACACCACUUCCACCAACUCCCAAAACUCCUCCUCCCCCUCCUCAUAAAGAAUACAUGUGGAGGAAAGCUGUGGACGAGGAUGGAGCCAAAUACUAUUAUCAUAAGGAAACGCGUGAAUCAGUUUGGGAGCUUCCUGAUGGAGAGGAGAGUGAUCCAGGUGAACGUACUCCUACUCGUAUGCCAGACACGUCUGGAUGUGGGAACGAUCCAGAGUCCGAUAAUUUGGAGCAGAGUAAACAUCAUGAUGGCCUUCUUUCGCGCUGGUCAGCAAUAUGCUCUCCCCAAGUGUCCACUUCCAACAUUGCGCAAAGUGCAACACCUGUUUCGGUCCAAGCAAACCACACCGUUAAUGGGAUUACGAAGACCAACGAAAGGAAACGCGAUCGCGAUCGUCGUGUUUGGGAGAAAUUCGGGAGCGACGCUGAUCGAAAACGAGCUAAGAAACUGAUGAGCGAAAUUGAAAAGGUGGUCGGGCCUAUUAUUGUGCGUCAUAUUGGGCACAGAGAAGAUGCAACGAAAAAGAGGAAAGAUUGGAUUAUCAAACAGGUUAGUAAAGAGAUGUUAAAGAGGGAGUCAGAGCGGGUCGAUUUCAAUUUCACACUCACGGAAAAAGGAGCAAAGCGGGUCACUGAUUAUGCUGACGCGUUCAUACAACGCAAAUGUGCCAAAGAACCGAAGGAUCUUUGGAAAGGAUACGAUGGUUCACCAUAG